CCUUUCCAUUUGCUCACAGAGAUGCUGCAGUUCGUCAGCAAUCAAGUGGGAGAGUUCCCUGACUUGUUCUCAGAGCAGCUGUGCAGCUCUUUCCCUGGCGGCGGUGGAAGUGGCAACAGCGCCAGCAGCAAUGGCGGCAGCAGCGGUGGCGGAGCCGGAGCCGGGGACCCCUCGGUGCAGCGGUCCUUCAGCCAGGUCCCGUUACCUUCCUUCUCGCCCUCGGCUACCUCCCCCCAGGCUCCAGCCCUACAAGUCAAGGCUCCCCCCACCGCGGUUCCCCCUCCGCCAAGGGCAACUCCCGUUCUUCAGCCCCGCCCCCAGCCCCAGCCCCAGCCUCCAGCUCAGCUGCAGCAGCAGACAGUAAUGAUCACCCCGACAUUCAGCACCGCUCCCCAGACGAGGAUCAUCCAGCAGCCUUUGAUAUACCAGAAUGCAGCUACCAGCUUUCAAGUCCUUCAGCCUCAAGUCCAAAGCCUAGUGACAUCCUCCCAGGUGCAGCCGGUCACCAUCCAGCAGCAGGUGCAGACGGUGCAGGCCCAGCGGGUGCUGACGCAGACGGCCAAUGGCACGCUGCAGACCCUCGCCCCGGCCACGGUGCAGACAGUUGCUGCGCCCCAGGUGCAGCAGGUCCCGGUCCUGGUACAGCCUCAGAUCAUCAAGACAGAUUCCCUUGUUUUGACCACACUGAAGACAGAUGGCAGCCCUGUAAUGGCCGCAGUCCAGAACCCAGCCCUCACUGCCCUCACCACCCCCAUCCAGACAGCUGCCCUUCAAGUUCCGACCCUGGUGGGCAGCAAUGGGACCAUUCUGACCACAAUGCCUGUGAUGAUGGGACAAGAGAAAGUGCCCAUUAAGCAGGUACCUGGGGGAGUCAAGCAGCUCGAGCCUCCCAAGGAAGGAGAAAGGAGGACGACACACAACAUCAUUGAGAAGCGGUAUCGCUCCUCCAUCAAUGACAAAAUCAUUGAGUUGAAGGACCUGGUCAUGGGGACAGAUGCCAAGAUGCACAAGUCUGGCGUUCUGAGGAAGGCCAUUGACUACAUCAAAUACUUGCAGCAGGUCAAUCAUAAACUGCGCCAGGAGAACAUGGUGCUGAAACUGGCAAAUCAGAAGAACAAGCUCUUGAAGGGCAUUGACCUAGGCAGCCUGGUGGACAAUGACGUGGACCUGAAGAUUGAUGACUUUAAUCAGAAUGUCCUUCUGAUGUCGCCUCCGGCCUCCGACUCAGGGUCCCAGGCAGGCUUCUCCCCCUACUCCAUCGACUCCGAGCCAGGAAGCCCUCUACUGGAUGACGCAAAGGUCAAAGAUGAGCCAGACUCUCCUCCUGUAGCACUUGGCAUGGUGGACCGCUCGCGAAUCCUGCUGUGUGUCCUCACCUUCCUGUGCCUCUCCUUUAACCCCCUGACCUCCCUGCUGCAAUGGGGAGGAGCCCACGACUCGGACCAGCAUCCACACUCAGGCUCUGGCCGCAGCAUGCUGUCUGUCGAGUCAGGUUCUGGGGGCUGGUUUGACUGGAUGAUGCCAACGCUCCUCUUGUGGCUGGUGAACGGUGUGAUUGUCCUGAGCGUCUUUGUGAAGCUUCUGGUCCACGGGGAGCCAGUGAUCCGGCCGCAUUCGCGCUCCUCAGUCACCUUCUGGAGGCACCGGAAGCAGGCAGACCUGGACCUGGCCCGGGGGGAUUUUGCAGCUGCCGCUGCAAACCUGCAAACCUGCCUGUCAGUGUUGGGCCGGGCACUGCCCACCUCCCGCCUGGACCUGGCCUGCAGCCUCUCCUGGAACGUGAUCCGCUACAGCCUGCAGAAGCUGCGCCUGGUGCGCUGGCUGCUCAAGAAGGUCUUCCAGCACCGGCGGGCCACCCUGGCCACCGCCGCAGGCUUUGAGGAGGAAGCUAAGACCAGCGCCCGGGAGGCAGCCCUGGCCUAUCACAGGCUGCACCAGCUGCACAUCACAGGCAAGCUUCCUGUGGGAUCCGCCUGUUCAGAUGUACACAUGGCUUUGUGCGCUGUGAACCUGGCUGAAUGUGCAGAGGAGAAAAUCCCCCCGAGCACGCUGGUUGAGAUCCAUCUCACGGCCGCCAUGGGGCUCAAGACCCGGUGUGGAGGCAAGCUGGGCUUCCUGGCGAGCUACUUCCUCAGUCGCGCCCAGAGCCUUUGUGGCCCCGAGCGCAGCGCUGUUCCCGACUCGCUGCGCUGGCUCUGCCACCCGCUGGGCCAGAAGUUUUUCAUGGAGCGGAGCUGGUCCGUGAAGUCGGCUGCCAAGGAGAGUCUGUACUGCGCCCAGAGGAACCCAGCUGACCCCAUCGCCCAGGUGCACCAGGCCUUCUGCAGGAACCUGCUGGAGCGAGCUGUGGAGUCCUUGGUGAAACCUCAGGCCAAGAAGAAAGCUGCAGACCAGGAAGAGGAGAGCAGAGUCAGACCCGAGAGGCGGACGGGCCAGGGCCACUCUGGUUCACGGCCCAGUGAAUUCUCCAGUGCUCUGGAGUACCUGAAAUUACUUAAUUCUUUUGUGGACUCUGUGGGGAUUGUGGCCGCCCCCUUCUCCAGCAGCUGUGUGCUCAAGUCAGCCCUUGGUCCAGACGUUGUCUGUCGGUGGUGGACGUCCGCGAUCACCAUGGCCAUCAGCUGGCUCCAGGGAGACGACGCAGCUGUGCGCGCUCACUUUACCGAAGUGGAGCGUGUUCCCAAGGCCCUGGAAGUGACAGAGAGCCCCCUGGUGAAGGCCGUCUUCCACACCUGCAGAGCUAUGCACGCCUCACUCUCCGGGAAGGCGGACGGGCAGCAGAGUUCCUUCUGCCACUGCGAGAGGGCCAGUGGCCACCUGUGGAGCAGCCUCAACGUCAGUGGGGCCGCCUGCGACCCAGCCCUCAGCCAUGUGGUCCAGCUGCUGACCUGUGACCUGCUCCUGUCGCUGCGGACAGCACUCUGGCAGAAGCAAGCAGGAGCCAGCCAGGCCCUGGGUGAGACCUACCACGCGUCGGGCGCUGAGCUGGCUGGCUUCCAGCGGGACCUGGGCAGCCUGCGCAGGCUGGCACAUAGCUUCCGCCCGGCCUACCGCAAGGUGUUCCUGCAUGAAGCCACCGUGCGUCUGAUGGCGGGGGCCAGCCCCACCCGUACCCACCAGCUGCUGGAGCACAGCCUGCGACGGCGCACCGCUCAGAACGCCAAGCACGGAGAGGCGGACGCCUGGCCCGGCCAGCGAGAGCGGGCCACCGCCAUCCUGCUGGCCUGCCGCCACCUGCCCCUCUCCUUCCUCUCCUCCCCGGGCCAGCGGGCGGUGCUGCUGGCCGAGGCCGCCCGCACCCUGGAGAAGGUGGGUGACCGGCGCUCGUGCAGCGACUGCCAGCAGAUGAUUGUCAAGCUGGGGGGCGGCACUGCCAUCGCCGCCUCCUGACCCCCGGGCUCUGCCCAGCUCGGCCACCACUUCCCUCUGUCUCUGUCUCUCUCUCCCUCCUCCUCUCCCUCCUCCUCUGCCUCCCAAUCUCUCCCUCCUCCCUCUGGGAGAUGUGGGAUGAGCCGUGGCUUCUGAGCUGUCACCUGCCAAGGCUUUUGGACCACCUCAGGCUAGUGGGCCCCUUGGGCAGAGCCCCUUAAAGCUGCUGUGGAUAGAUGCCCACAGUCCAGGCCCCAGUGGGCCUGAGAGAGGAAAGUCAGGGAGGGGCAGGAAUUGGGGGCACCCUGACUUGGAAGCCGCAGGGGAGCUCCCAAGCUGCCCGGCCCCACCUCCAGCCCUCCCAAGACACUCUCUCCUGUGAACAUCUCUCCCCUCCUUUUCCUGCUUCCUUGUUUUUUAUCAGGCUUUCCCUCUGGGGGACUUAGGUCUCUGGGCACCAGAGCGCUUCACCCUUGGCACUGUGCCCAGCACGCCCCCCCCUUUUUAUACGAAUGUUUUUAUAUCAGUGUGCUUGGGGUUGCCGUGAUGCAGGGCUAAGUUGCUGUGGCAUCUUUCUUUCUCUCCCUGGGUCUGCGUCCCCUCCCCUGUGCCUAACAAAGCCAGUCCAUUGUUUUCUCUUUACUACACAGGACAGCCAGGGAAGGAGGGAGCCCAGCCCUUGGGAGGUGGGUGGGAGGUAGGGGGCAGACCUGGGGAUGGAUGAAAUAAUGUCGGCAUAAUUUUUUAAUUUUUUAAAAAAUAAACGGUAUCUUAUUUAAGUGUCCUGUUCCUUCCCACUCCCCUGCCCCCUGGGAUGUCAGCCCAACCUUGGGUUAGUCCCAGGGGGUUGGGAAAGAUGAAGCCACCCAUUAAGGACUGGGGACCAGGGCCCUUCACUAUGGCUUCUCAGCUCCCUGUCAUCCCAACUCCUACCUCCGUAGUCUGUUUUUAUCCUUAAUUCUUGACCUGAAAAUAAGCCAGGGUGGCAGGGACCAGACCCCAACCCCUCCCCAGUGACAAGCCCCUCUUCAGGGUGGGCACAGUGUUGCCCAAGGUGGGCACUAGGAAUGAAGCCCCCUUCCUCAAGGGGGACCCUGGAAGGAAAAGUGGCCCCACUUUUCUGGAUCCCUUGGCUUGGUGCCUAGCCAGAGGCCAUUUCUCCUGGGACCCGAGGGCUGCCUGGUACCCCGGGACCUGCUGGGAGCCUGCGAGGGGCUGCCCUCCCUCCCUCCCUCCCUGUGCUUCUCACCCACUCAGGCUGGUUGGGGCAGAAAGUGGGCCGGGACCCCAGCACAGAUCGGGGUACACCCAGCGGGGAGGGGCUCCUCUGAUGCCAAGUGCAGGCUGGAACAGUCAGCUUGGACCUCACCCACUUUUUCUCUCCUGCCCACCCCACCCCCCCACUGUAAUUUAUGGCCCCUGCCCACUGGGUGAGCCAGCCUUUGUGUCAUGUGUAUAUACUGUGCCUUUUCUCAUUCUUGUUUAGGGGUGGGAGGGGGUGCUUUUUCACUGAACAGGGGGAUACACCUAUGGCUUCCUUGAUGUGGAAUCAUUCACUGUGUCCUGGAUGUAGGUUAUUGAAUAAACACAGAUUGGUACCACCCAG